ACAGUCGGGUUGUUUAUGUUUACAAACGUCAUCAGUUAUUAUUUAUUUUAUUUUUUAUCUCAAAUACUUUUUUUUACUACCGGAACAAAUAAUCUUUAAAGUUAACAUAAAACACCAUGUCUAUUCACUUAAUGUGCCUCACCUCGGAUGGUGGUGUGCCGAUUUACUCAAAGAAAAGAGGUGACAGCGAAACCCUUCCCUUUUCCACCAUUGCCUCGCUGAAUGGCGUUCACAUGUUCUGCAAAUCGCAAGGUGUCGAUCUGCCGAUCACCUACCUCGAGGACAGCAUGAUCAUGUGGAAAGAGUUCGAGGGUACGAUCGUCAUGAUCGGCAUUGCGAGGGACAUCACCGAGAAGACGCUUCGCCAUCUGCUGGAUUACUCCUACCAGGCGAUGGUGUUUUGCGUCGGCAUACAGUCGAUCAAGAAGAUUAAGAACAUCGAUCGGUUCAAGCGGGAGCUUAAAAACUACUACCCACUGAUCGACCAGCUGCUGGAGGUGGUCGAGACCGAUCUCUUCCGGUACGUCGACUGCAUCCUGUGCUCCGAAAGCAUGGGCAUGCUGACGAAGCUGAACGAGUUCAGCGUGCAGAUCGGUUCGCCCUUCUGUGCGAUCAUGGUGCGGCAGCGGAUCGCCUGCGGUACCGAGGGCUGGUGGGAUUUGGACGUGAUCGAUCGGAAGCUGCUGAUGCUGCUGCUGAACGCGUCCAGCACGAUCCAGCAGGAUGUGCCCGUCUAUUUGCCCAAAAAGUCGCCCAGCAUUGCGUACCGCUUCAUCAGCAUUCCACUGACGCAGGGUGUCAGCAUCUGUGCGCUGUGCGGUGCCGAACCGAAGUACGAUGUGCUGCAGGGGAUGAGCCAGCAAUUUUGGAUGAGCGAACUGGACGUGCUGAUUGCGGCGGAACAGAAGUACCCGAAAAGUUUCCCCGCAAGCGUUGAGCUGGAUGCGCACAUUUUGGGCUUUUUGUUGCUGAAUCGCGAGCACGCCAAGUAUGUGAUGUCGCGGGGCGGCGUACCGGCACUAAACAAUGCCCCGGGGGGUAAGGCGCGAUCGGGUACCAUCUCUGGCGGCUCAUCGGCCCACCGGUUGGACAUACUGCGAUCGUUCUUUCAUCAGUCGGUGGACGUGAUGGAGGAUACGCUGCGGGAAGGCGAUCGGGUGAUGAAUCUCGAGCAGUACUGGUGCUCCGACUACCACAAAUGUCACGCACUGAUCGAAGGCAGCAACGUCCUGUGCGUGCUGUACACGUCCGCCAUUCCGACGCACAUUAUGAGGAUAGUAACACAAAAAACACUGAACACGUUGAUAUCGGAUAAGGAUGUGUGCUGGUGAGCUGGUAGCCUCAACGGACUGACCGUAUGCGGAGGGAAACCGGGAGGAGCUUUACUUUAUCAUUCCAUCAUCACCUACAUAAUGGCAAACAUUCGCACAUUCGGUUUAUUUAUAGUGUUCCAUUACGUUACAUUGCCCACUUGUUGCCAGUCGUCGAACGAAAGGAACGAAACAGUGAAACGCUGAUAUUGAUGAUACAGGGUUUUCCAGGAGUUCUCGUAGCUGUGGGACACUAUAUAGACUCUUUCCUACAUGAAAUGAACUUAAUGUAAUGGGAAUUGGACUCUAUAGCACCCUUGUUGGACACAUCCAAUUGGAAUUUCCAAGGCACCUGUCCAAAAAGGGCGCCAUAGAGUCCAAUUUCCAACAUAUGAAGUUCACUUCGCAUAAGAAAGAGUCAAGGAAGUGUCCCACAACUAUGAGAAUCCCUGGAAAACCCUGUAUUGCGCAUGCGCUUGCGCAACGUACUUUAAAUGUGUCCUCCUACACGUGUUGUAGCUAAGGGCAAUUGGAAUAAUAUGAUACUAAGCAUUGUGGAUAAGACGUUUACUUUAAGUUCGGCUACUUAUACCGAUCUGGCUGCUAAUGCUUAUGAAGGGGAGUGGGUAAGGGGAAAGUGCAAAUAAAACAAGAAACAAAAUAAACUUUACAUAUAUAGGAGUGAAAUUUUAACAACAUACAGCUUCAAGAUCGCUCAUUAUUGUCUAGCGUUAGUUGAAAAUUACCUAAUUGGAAGAGAACGAGUAGAAUUGUAAACGAGUAUAAACCAAUGUUCCAUUCCCCAUGUGUUUUCGUUGCUAAAUUCGUUCAUGGUCCCGAAACUGGGAUAUUCCUUCGCGUGUUACUCUCUCAAACAAACUAAUUUUCUACAAACAAAACAGUUUACAUAGAGUAGAGAAAGUAGUUAACAGAUAUCAAUGUCCUGCAAUAUACUCCUUCCACCCCAACUGUAGAAGAAUUAUUAUAUUUAAUCGUCUACGUAUUCAUUCAUGCGCUUACAAAUUAAUAAUGCUGGCGCUUAUAUGCAGGCCAUCUUCCACCCACAAACUGGUUAACCUUACGAAGAAUGAAACAAAACGGUGAACAGCCUUUUUUUCGUACAGUAAUUAGCACUAGUUGCUAAACGACUAAAGAUUUUUGGAGGAGGUUUUGAGCGCUUUUUGCAUAAAGAUGCCGCUAUUGCCAAACGCCAAACGAAAAUCACACCUAAAUGCUAUCCACGAUGCUCCCUUCCCCCAUCCCAAGUGGUUAGGCUUGGAGAGGAGAGCUUAGGUUAUCUGCACUAAACUUAGUUGUAGUUUUUUUUACAGUAUUAUCACCAUCGAUUGAUGUUGCUUUCUAUUACUAAGUGGAACAAAUUGCUCUGUUCACUUGUUUUCCAUUCGCUCAGUGCAUUGCUUCACUCCCUUAACCGUACACAUUCGUUCGAGUAAAUAUUAUUGUCAUGCGCUUACAUGUUCCAUCACUUUGGCGAUUGGUUAAAUUAGGCAUCACCGCUUUGUGUUGCAGUUGUGAGUUGUUGCUUAUGGGAAAUGUUGCUAUCGUUAUUAUCAUUUGUAUGUUGUAUAUUCAGUUCAGCCACUUUUUGUUAUGCCUCAACCGUUUUACAGGUUGGAUUGGAAGCAUUUGCUACACACUGGAACGUUACAUUACACACAUGGUAAGGUGGAUUUUGUUUUGUUACAGAUAGGUCGAGCUGGUACUUGAAUCAACCGGAGUUUGGGGAUUGUUACAAUGUUUAUGGGAUUUAUGGUAAUUGUAUCGCUUGAAUGGUGUCAACCUUCCAACCUUCCUUCCAACCUUACAAUUAUUAUUUUAAUUUUAUAUUUAACUCCUUUAAUGUGUGUGGUGACUGCCCAUUGAAGUAACCUAAACUGAUACUUUGUGAACCUUUCCUUUGUUCAAAGCGUAUUAUUAUGUUCGUACACAAAUACACACAUGAUGACCCUUUUUUAUGCACGCAUCUCACGCACAACUACACAAUAUCAAAUAAAUUGCUCGAAAACAAAACAAAACAAAACAAA